CCAAGGAUUGGCGGUCGCCCUAACCAGCUAGAAACUCGUUACCCAGCUGGUGUGUUGGGUCUUCGGCUUCGGCAUCAAAGUCUGGACCGUGCAAUCGUUCGAUCCGCUGUCAUGUUCGCCGUUUCUUCUAUGGUGCAUGGUGCUGAUUUUAAUCCGUGGACGUCGGACGAACAUUCUCUCAACUACAGCGUUCCGAUUUCUUGCUGGUUUGGGCCUGGACUCAGAAGGGAAGCUUUUGCGAGGUUCGUGUACAGAUCAGCUCUGGAGCAACGCCAUCUGAACUUCACUGGUCGCUUAUUCCCCAUCUUCGACAUCUAUAACCUGGUUCCGUCGACGGGACAAAUGCUCCACCGAGUAGUAGACGACGAAGAGAUAGUUCCUCGCCGCUGGAAGAGGAUCGGCAAUGUGACAGGAGGUCGUGUGUCACUCAAUGCUGUUGUCUGGCUGGGAGGAAAAAGAGUCGGACCUCCAGAACAUGGUCGACAGCGCUUUCGCGUGGUAACUGCCUUUGCACCACCUUUCGUAAUGCCUGCUACUAGAGUAGAGAAUGGUUCCUGUCUCCUCGGAUUGCCUUGUCUACAGGUUCGAACAAACUCUAAAGCUGAACUGUCCCGCCUGUUCUCUGAUUAUCACAGUGGGCGUGCAUUAGAAGGGGUCGAAUACAAUAUUAGUUGCUGCGCCGGCAUUGCCAUUGAUCUGAUGAGUUCUCUUGCUGAUGACCUAUGUUUCGCCUUUGACCUCUAUCUCGUUGCUGACGGACUGUUCGGCACUAGAAGAGGCGAGAAAUGGAAUGGCAUGACUCUUGAUGUGAAGUCGGGUGCAGCUCACAUGGCCUUCUCAGCAUUCAGCUUGACGAGUGAACGUUCCCGAGUCAUUGAUUACUCCGUCCCUUUCUACCACUCGGGGGUGUCCUGCCUCACCUACACCCAAGAGAGGGACGUGCCACUCUCUGCCUUUCUUGUACCCUUCAGCGCGCAACUUUGGAUCGCUAUAUUUACGUCUCUGAAUAUGACAGCCAUAUUUGCCGCCAUUUAUGAAUGGUUAUCUCCAUUCGGCCUGAAUCCGUGGGGACGCAUGCGCAAUAAGAAUUUCUCUUUGGCUUCUGCUCUCUGGGUCAUGUGGUCACUACUUUUCUCUCAUCUGGUAGCCUUUAAGGCACCCAAGUCAUGGCCGAACAAAGUGCUUAUUAAUUUAUGGGGAUGUUUUAGUGUCAUCUUUGUGUCUUCUUACACCGCUAACAUUGCAGCCCAUUUCGCUGGUCUCUUCUUCCAUCUGAGGGUAGACGAUUUCCAUGACGCUAGCCUUCUAAAUCAGAGAACUGGGACUGCAAAAGGAAGUGCAGCUGAAUCUUACAUAUAUGCUCAGAAUCCACAAUUAUGGCAACAUAUUCAGAGGUAUGGUUUCGCUGACCUUGAAGAAGGACUAAAAAAACUUAGGGACGGCGAGUUAGAUGUUCUGAUCGGGGAUACGGUGGUGCUUGACUACUUCAGGGGAAAUGAUCCUGGCUGUGGUCUUCACUUGCUGGGACAGUCCAUAUUUGAUGAUGCAUAUGCUGUAGGCAUGCAGAAAGGUUUUCGACUCAAAAAAUCUAUUUCUACCUUGAUUCUACGCUACAACGAACACGGUUAUAUCGAACAGCUCCAAAAGAAGUGGUUUGGAAGAGUGCCUUGUUUUAACCACUCAGUGCAUCGUCUCAACAAGCCGAAGCCUUUGAGUCUGGGAGCCGUAGCGGGAGUUUUCGUAAUGCUGUUGCUAGGUCUUGUUGUUGGCAUCAUCAUCCUUAUCAUUGAGCACGUGGUCUUCAAGCGAUUUUUACCUGAACUUCGCAAGAAACCACCCGAAUGCUUCUGGAGGAGUCCCAACGUAAUGUUUUUCAGUCAGAAGUUGUACAGAUUCAUCAAUAAAGUGGAACUUGUUUCUCCGCAUCAUUCAGCUAAAGAAAUUGUUACCAACCUCAAAGAAGGUCAGAUAUUCAGCCUAUUUCAGAAGAGUGUGAAAAGGAAAGCCAAAGAAGAAGCAAGACGCAGGAAAAGCAAGUCCCAGUUUUUUGAGAUGAUUCAAGAGAUACGAAAAGUCGUCCGUUUGCAGAAAGAACAACGCCACAAUACUGAUAUCGUUAAUCCAAGCCAUCCCCAACUUUUACAGCAAGAUAUUGUAUUACCCGUUUGUUCUCCAAUGGAUAAACAACGCCUCAUUUUUACUCCCCAGAGCAUAGCAUCUUCGCCUACAAGACGCAAUUCAUGGACUGACAUGUAUAGAAAAGGACUAUUUGGGACGACGGGAUACAGUUAUUUACAACGCGAAGAUCGCAGAGAGUUUGAACAUAGAAUCGCGCAGUUUGAUAAUUCCCCGUUCAGACGGCCCUAUUACUUGGUGAGGACCGAUUCUCCAUUCGAGGAUUUAAGCUCCUCGGGUGGAGAGGAACAACAACCCGCCUUCGACACUACCGUCCUCAGCAUAAGCGUAGAGGAUCUUCGGUUGGUGGAUUCGUCCUCCGCUGCUUUUCCCCAUAUUAGGAGAUAUAGGUCCUUGGAUGAAACCCUCUGGAGAAAAAAGUGCCCACAGAGUCCAAAGAAAAAGACUCUUCCAGUUUCAUCAGAACCGAAAAUGGCUGUUAAGAAGUUGCUGGAAGUAGAUGAACUCUUACUUUAUUCAAUGAGCAAGGAGGAAAUUAUCCGCUCAUGGCAAGCAUCAGAAAGAAGACUUUUAAAUAGACUUAGGGACACUAUCAAAGAGAAAAAGUCACUAGAAAAAAAGCUUGUUUUUAUACAAAAGACCCUGGUGAAACCGCCGUGAUAAAACAACAUUCUAGGUUUACUUAAAACAAGAAAGCAAUGUCUUCUCGACUUUGGAAGUCGAAUUUCACCUGGUGAUCUAUAGAAGUAGAUUACUUAUUAUGAGCGCUACAUGUGGGCUUACUAGACAAAGAAAAUGCUUUAAGAAAGUCUGUGAUGAAGCUUUGUUCGUUAGGGACUUUUGAAUAUUGGCUCGGAGAUAAAGGCCUUCAAUAUAUGCUCUCAUUUGAUCGCGUUAAAUUAGAAGGAAUGCAGAAACUCAUGUAGCCCGAGUACAUAUACUACAAAUUAAAGAACUACGUAAAUCAUCAUAUUUAUUUGACAAUUAUUCGACAAAUAAGCAAGAAAAAGAACUAUCUGAAGUACCCAAAGGUGGUUUAGGUAACCUAAAUACAUAUGUUUUAGUUAUUUGGAUAUCAGUAUAAUUGUUAAUUAUAUUUUUUGUUCUUAUUUAAUUACACAUUAAAAACGCUCUAAAUCUGGGAAAAGAUUACGCACAAAAUAUUUAAAAUUAAUUACAAGUAAACAUUACAGAAAAAAUUCUUUAAGCUAUUUAAUUAAAAUUUUAAGGUUAUUUCAUAGAACCAUGAAAAUUUAAGAUUGUUAAAACCUAGGAGUUAGUUACACUUUAGGAGGCAAAAAUUCCGAGAUAUCUUGUAUAGUCAAUGUCUGUCAUAAAAUAAUAAGGUAAAAAUAUAUUUGCCAGGAGUAAUUUGAAGGCCCUUAUGCAUAUAUAAACUCCAGAAAAUUAAUUCGCUCUUAAUUUUCAUGUCCAAUGUAUUAUAUAAAUUUGUGUUAUGUGAAAGUCAUGUCGAUCAUUCAUUGAAAGUCCCAGAAAACAAUUUAAAAGCUAGAAAUACUUUUAUAAGCACUUUCUUAAAUGCAUCUUUUCAGCAACUAGAAGCUGCUGAAAUUUAUAUACCACCAGGAACUACGUGUUCAGCAACGUAAGGUGCAUUUACGUGAAAAUUUUAAAUGAAAAUAAUAUUUUUAAAGAGCAUACUGUCAAAAGUAUUUAAUGUGCGUUUUGUCCUUUAAAGUUUUAAUUAAAGAUUAUCAGACACUUUUCACUAAAAAAACAACUCAAAUAUUUUAGAGAAUUUAUCAAAGAAAAUGAUUUCUAUAGAUUUUCGGUAACAAUUGCUGUAAUCUUAGUUAACAACAGCUUUUAUUUGUUCUCGUCUUUACAUGGCGAUAUUUUGAUCUUUUUACACAAGUGACAAAUAAUAAAUUUAUUUAAAAAUGCGCUAUGGGUUUAAAAACAUUUUUAAAAUUAUUAAAUAGUAAUAAAUAAAUCGCUGGACUGAUUAGAUAUCAAACUAUUGAAAGGUAAAAAUCUGGAAAUUAUGUCUACAAAAUAUGAAUUAAUAAGUAUUUUCGUCGUCAUAUAUUUGUUUAUUGUUAUAAUGUUAUACAGAAAAUUCAAGUAGCCUUUAAUCUAGAAUUAAAAACUACAAUUAUUCAACAGUAAUUCAAGUUGAAAUAAUGAGAAAAAUGCAAAUUAUGUUAGAGUGUUAUCUUUAUAAAAGGCACGAUAACCCAGUCAGAUAAUGUAAGUUGCCAAACAUACAGAAAAAUGUUUUCAUUAAAUGAGAUUGUCCAUGAAAGUAAUCCUAUAAUAAAAUCAUAAAACAGAGAGUACAUAUGAAUUUAGAUGAGCCAAAAUUGACUCAAUACAUGUAAUUAAUUACAAUAUAAUGCAUAUUUUUAUAUUAUACUUACGAGGAUUACGCUGAAAGUAAUGCCUGUCAGAUUAUAAUCUCUUCAUUAAUAUGACACAUGUUUAUAUGUAUGCAGAGAAUUUUGUCUUCGUGGUACUAUUUUCUCGCUGCACCCCCGUGACGACAACAGACCUGCUAUUAUGCUUAAGCUGUUAUUGCGUGAGCUCUGGAGAAAAAAAUCUACGCUCAAGGCCCGGAAGGCUAGAUAUGCGAUAUAAUUUACACAAAUGAUAUUGAGUUGCAUGGGUAUGCAAGGCCCUUGAAGGAAAUACAUUGGAAUCCUUGGUUGCGACAAGCGAACAGUAUAUCUUAAGGCUUUGUGGAUGCCGUUCAAAGUUGCAAUGCAUAAAUUACAGGAUUAUUUACAUCAGUUUCACAGAAUCACAUGCUGUGCCAGAUAUUAUAGGAACUGUUUACAAAAUAAAUGCAAGUAUCAAAAUAAUACAAUACUAAUAGUAAAACUCCAAUUAUCCAAAUCAAUUGGGACCAGACUCUAUUCAGAUAAUCAAAAAUUCGGAUAAACGGAUUUUUUCCGAAGAAAGGAUCUACGUACGCUUUAACUACUGACUACUGUAUGUUGAAAAUGGGAGAAAAAACUAUUUUUGAAGAAAAAGGUGUUUCAAUUAAUUAAAAUGAAAAGGCGACAUCUUACGUACAUGUUAUGUAGCGUACUGUACAGUACUUACAAUUGCUGAAAGUCAUUGGUCAAGCUGAACAGCUUGGUCAGGGCAAGUUGUUUGACUGUCUUCAUCCGUUUUCGGGCAGUCGAGUGGCGCUUUCGCUGGACAGUGUGAUAUUGCAUGUGGUUACACUCGGGCUGACGCUCCAUCCACUUCAAAGCCGGCAAACGUUUUACUAGCUCAUGGUCCCGUGUCUGAUUCAACACUUCGACAUUACGUCAUCUUCUCUCACACUUUCAAUAAUUCAUCAUCAUUUAGAAUUUGAAACCCAGGUUCUGACGAAUCACACACCAUCCAUUGUGCUGUAUCCUCAACACUAAUUUCUGAACAUCCAAGGAAUUUUCAAAAGAACUUCUACUAGCGAUUCGGAUAGUCAGAGUUCGGAUAAUUGGAGUUGUACUGUAAUUCAAAGAAAUAUUUAUAUACUAUAUACAAGAUAACUGUUUAGACAACAUUAAGAAAAUAUACGAGCUAAAGAUUUAAAACGUUAUAUGAGACUGAACAAUAUAUUUCGCAAUACUAUUGUCUACUAUACAGAACUGUUCGAUCAUUAAUACUGGUCUGUUUGAGUCAUGUUACCCACUCUGAUUCGCUUGGCACAGAUGAUUGCUGUCAAUUGAUUCCACUAUGCGAUUUUUUUUGGAAAUGGAAGUUUUCUUUCAAAAUCUUUUGCAAAUAUUUUUAACCAUAUUCGCAAAUUACUCUCAUCAAUUAUCGCUUUUGAGACUUUGUGGAUGCCGUUUAACAAACGCCUUUUUUUAAGUCAAGAACUUGACAGCAGCUUUUUUUUUUUUUUUUUCUGUAUUUCUUUCUCUACAUUUACGAUUCUUCCAAAGCUAAAAUUAAAGAAAUUAUGUCAGCCGAUGCAGGAUGAGUUAGUCUGUCUCGUACUGGAAAGGAUUUUGGAGAAAACAGAGAAAAGCAUUACUUUCAGUAUGAUCCCCUAUACCAGUGGUCUCAAACUCGUGGCCCGCGAGCCGCAUGUGCCACCCCCCCAAAGCGAUUUUAUGUUUAUCGGCGAAUACAUUUUAGCUGUAUACUUAUUGCAAGUACGAUGCUUACAGAUUCAGAGACAAAGAUGUCGAUUCUAUGUACGACUUAUAUGCUAAACUGCUAUUGAAGGAAAAUAGUUGGAGCUAUAUCUUUGUCACUGUAAACUUGCACGCCUGACCACGUGACUAAAGUGAGGUACAGGAAAUUCCCACAUUCCUAAAAUCAUUAAAUUUUAAUUUGCCAGCCAACAGCUGAUGGCGAUUCAGUAUUCUGAAAUUUGCGAAUUUUCAGUAAAGAUUAUUUAGCGGUUAAUUCAACAUAUUGCAAUUACCUGAAAAUAAAUGUCAGGCUAAAAUUUAAUAUUCAGCUUAGUGCAUUUGAAUUGCAAAGUAUAACCAAGAGGUUUUUCUUGCAGGUGCCAACCUUUAGAUUCCAAGUAGAAAAUAAACAUAUAAAUUUAAU